AUGGAAAUUGCCAGCGGUCGAUGGAGCUCGGUAUGGAGUCCGCUGGAUGCGCCUCAGCAGAGGGCUGGAGACGUGGCCGUGCCGCCAAGGGAGGUGGACUCUCAGGUGAGGCAAGCCACAGUAGACAACGCGACACCGCCGCCCAGCAAUGGGACAGGGAUCGUGGGAAUGGCCUUCUGGAAGCUCACUUCAGAUCUGCCACCCGCACGGAGUACGCAGCCUGGCGGCCCUGGCCUGACAGCCCAGCUCCGUCGCGCGCCCAAAACCGCGGCCCCGUUGAUUGCCCAGGGCACGAUGGGGGCCGGGGGUGCAGCAGCUUUAGGCCUUGGAGCACACGCCAUCCCUCGGCGCCCUACAGGGGAGCUGAAGGGUGUCGUGUCAUGA